UUGGAAACUGAAUUUUAUACAAUCACUAAAGUCAUUCAUAUAACAAUGUUUUUCUAUAAAUAAUAAAAUGGUAAUAUUUUUAUUACUUUAAAAAAUCAUUAUUUUGGAACAGUUGAUUUUAUAUACAUAUAGGUAUAUGUGUAUGUAUACAUAUAUAUGUAUUUAUAUAAAAUAAAAAAUAUGAAAUAUUGAAUAAUAACUCUCUCAUUCAUUUUCUUAUAAUUUAUUAAGUAAGGUAAAAAUAUUUUCUAGAUGAAAACAGAAUUUUAAAAUAUUAUGUGAAACCUAUAUUGCUUUUUUUUGUGCAAUUGUGCAAUUAUUUAAACAACAAAACCAUUAAACAAGUUACUUUCAGGAGGUUUCGAUCAUGAAACUUUUUCUAGGGUGGAAACGUGAAAAGUGAAAAUCUUUACCAUUGAAAUUAAUGACGAAAUUGUUCACUUUUCGCGUUUCCGCCUUAGGAAAAAAGUUUCAUAAUUGACCUCCAGAUGUUAAUUAUUGUUUUAAGAACAAUGUAAAUUAUACUUUUCUAAAAAUCAAUUGAUUCAAUUAUUUGAUAAACGUUUAACUUGUAUCUACUGAAUACAGCUAUUUUUCAUCUCUAUAAUUGUUUUUUCAUAAUAUCCCACAUACAAUAUGAUUAUAACCCAACUAUCAUACACAAUUUUGGCAUCCAAAAUGUCUUGACAUAUAUAUCAAACCUUUUUAGAAAGAACAUAAAUAUGAAUCACAAAAAGUUUAUAUUUGGUAACAAAAUUAAUAAGUAAUGAGUAACAUACGGAAUAAGAAAUACUUUUGUAAUUAUGACUUUACCACUGUUUAGCUGCCACUUUCCAUCUUAUGUGAAAGAUUGUUUUAAUAAUGAAGUAGAUAUAUUGUGGUAUCAUCCGGAAUUUACGCAAAGCCGUUAUCCACCAGGGCAAAAAAUAAGUGAAGCAUGUACUCUUAUAUGUUUACUUGUGGCUGUACGAAUAUCAAGAGGAAAUGUAUCGAUUUAUGAUAUUGAAAAUUGUUCGAGAUUGAAUAUUAUUGUAGCAGAAGCGAUGAUAGAGGGUAAUGCGACUCAUGCAUGGCUCAUUAAGAAAAGACUUAUAUCACAUCCAUAUUUGAAUACCGAAGAUGCUUUAAAGCAUGGCGGCAAAAGUUUAAGAACAUUAAAAGAAUGGAAGUUCAAUAUCUUUCACGAAGAGAUAGAAACAAGCCUAUACAAAAAUAUAAACAUAUUUUUAUAUGAAUGGUACAAAGCUCCGAAAUCUAAUGCUUUGUUUAUGCUGCUUAUCACAUGCGGACGUACUAUACUAUUUAUAUUUCAAGAAAGUACCAAUAAGGUCACUUUAUUCGAUUCGCACAGUCAUACUACAGUUAAUAAUUUAAAUCGUGGAUUAGUCAUAGCUCAGACAACUAUCGAUAGACUGGAAUCAUUAUGCAACUGGUAUAUUCAGGAGGUACUAAAGAAUUGUUACAAUACGCAAGCUAAUAAAUACGAAUUAGCUUUCUUAUAUUCGUAUGAUGCACAAUGCAGUAACCAUAAUGGAAUUUUAUGCGACUGUAAAAAAUCUUGUAAAAUGUAAUCAUUUUUAUAACUAACGUAUUUUAUUAAUAUUUUUUGCCGACUGUAAACUUACAAAAUAAAAUAACGACUGUAAAAAA